AUGGAGUUUGGUGUGGCUGCAUUUGGCGCGGUGGUUGGUGUCGCCUUGACAAAGCUCUGCUCGGUAAAAGAGAAGAAGCUGAAAACUGAUGCCAUGUUCAUCAGCAAUAAACUCGGGAUGAUAAGAGCUCUGAUGAAAGAUCAUGCUAGUAGGGGAGGACGUUUCAGUUGGGUGCAGAUAGAAUUGAUUGCACAACUGAGGCUAUUGGCAUAUGACAUCGAAGACUGUAUAGACUGCUUCCGCGCCAAGAAGAUGAACACCGAAGAUUUUGCCACAGAGAUUGGUGAACUCAAGGUCAGAUCCGAACAGAUGUCAAGUGACAUAAUAGGUCUUGCUGCCACACUGAGUGUUAUGGGACCUCCUGUACAAGAGGAUGUUGUUCCCAAACAGAGUCUGAAUCCCCCCGGUAACGUCAACUGCUUGCUAUAUUUGUGUUUGUUCCCUCCUAAUCAUCCUGUCAGGAUUAAGCCCCUAAUAAGGAGAUGGCUGGCUGAGGGACUAGUACAGCGAGAAAAAGAUGCUGUCACAAAUUUGAAAAUAUUCAACAAAUCAGAUAUCAUCAGUUCAACCCAGACAAGCAACAAUGGGAAGGUGAGGAGAUGCCAACCUACUGACCUGAUGCUCCCAUACAUCUCCCAACAGUCUAUGUCCGAGCAUUACAUACUGUUCUGUGAUGGCGCGGCCCAACCAUUGCUGGCGGAACCAUCGCAGGCGGAAUCAUUGCAGGCCCAAGCCGCCCGCAGGUUAUCUGUGCAUCCAGCUGUAAAUGGCGAACUGAAUUUGCCUCCGGAUUUAUCUCGUCUCCGGACCCUGGCGGUAUUCAGUGGUACAGCGAAUGCCGCCAGUUAUGAAGCUGUUCUUGAUUUUUCGAGGUAUGGAAUGUUGCGGGUGUUGGAUCUGAAAGAAUGUGCUCACCUCAGCGAAGAACAUCUCAGAGAUAUCUGGGGCCAGGUGCUGAUGAAAUAUCUGAGCAUCAAUUCGAGCACCAUUAAUCGGAUUGAAAGCGACAUUGGGUACCUGCAUCAGUUAGAGACGCUCGAUCUGAGUGGAAGCGAAACAGUGACGGUGUUCAAAGAAGUCCUGCUGCUGCCCAAAUUGAUGCACCUCUUUGGGAAGCUCCAGCUCACAAGCACAAACACCACCAUGCUGGGAUGGAAGCUAAAGAACUUCCUGAGAGAUAAGAGUGUCCUAGAGACGCUGGCAGGAUUUGUCAUCGAUGGAAGCACAGGAUUUCCACAGCUGAUGAGAUAUAUGAGGAUGCUGCGGAAGGUGAAGAUAUGGUGCAAAUCGGACGCAAGUGAAGAAAACCUGGACGCGAUUUCAAAGGCCAUUACGAAAUUCAUUCGUGAUGCGACGGCUGAUCCUCGUCGUGGUCGGUCCUUAUCGAUCGACUUCGUCGAAUGCCCCAGGGAUUUCGUGAAUACUGUAAACUCACAUGAUGCCAAAGGCAUACUGGCCUCGCUUAAGUUGUGUGGCAAACUGAGCGAAUUCCCUAAGUUUGUUGCACAGCUAAGUGUUAUCAAGGAGCUGUGCCUUUGUUCCACUGGUCUGAGCUGGGUGGUUAUACGAGACGGGCUGGCCGACGUGAGGGGGCUGAAAUAUCUGAAGCUUAUUGAAGAUAACCUUGGGUCCGUAGACAUAGUGUCUGAAGCUGACCACCUCAAGGCCAUUAAGCGGAUAUACGUCGUCUGCAAGCAAACACUGAAAGUAGCAAUCGCAGCGGCCCCGCUGCCUAAUCUUGUGUCAGUUCAUAUCCUCUGUCAAGAUCUGCAUGCUAUUCCUGGAACUUCUUGCAUAGAAAUCACAAACAGCAUGAAAAAACUGGAGGAAGUUGCGCUCCAUCCUAAAGUUGACGGAGCAAUAAGCGCUGAACUGCAGCAAGCUGCGAAGGGGCAUGAUAAUAAGCCCAAAGUUUCGUUCAUUGAAUAUCCCCAAUAA